AUGUGGGUUCGAGCUGUGGCGUACGUCCAUCGUGUGAUCAGCAUCCUGCAGAAGAAAAUUCCAGUUGAGGAGCGGGGAGCAGUACUUCAAAGCACUGAGAUUCAGAACGCCGAAUACACCCUGCUAAAACAAGCCCAAGCCCAGGCGUAUCCCGACGAAAUUGCGGCCUUAACCAAUCAGGAGACAGUUAGUAAAUCAAGUCCUCUUUUCAAGUUGAGUCCGUUCCUGGAUACUCGCGGUCUCAUCCGAAUGGGAAGCAGAAUCGAGGCGGCACCAGAAGCUUCGUACUCCGCCAAAUUUCCAGUGAUACUGCCCAAACAACACUCGAUCACCGUGCUAGUCACUGACAGUUUCCAUCGACGCCUACUACACGGAAACAAUGAAACGGUGCGACAACAGUUCUACAUCGUCGGCCUACGUAGUCUGAUUAAGAAGGUGUCCCGAUGCUGUCAAGUUUGUAAAGUAAGAAAUGCCACUCCAAACCCACCGAUGAUGGCACCGCUGCCCAGGGUUCGACUUACUCCAUUCGUGCGCGCAUUUACCUUUGUCGGCGUGGACUAUUUCGGUCCUCUGGAAGUGAGAAUAGGACGUAGUGUGGUAAAGAGAUGGGUAGCUCUUUUUACCUGCCUCACAGAAAGAGCUAUCCACCUAGAAGUUGCCCACAGCCUGUCAACACAGUCCUUCAUUAUGGCGUUCCGAAGAUUUAUUGCGCGACGCGGUUCCCCACGUGAGGUAUAUUCGGAUAAUGGAAUCAACUUCGUGGGAGCCAACCGCCAGCUGACUGAGGAGCAACAGAAGAUGCAGCAGGUCAACCAAGAAUGUGCCUCAACCUUUACCAAUACGCACACAACUUGGUACUUUAAUGUGCCGGCGGCGCCCCAUAUGGGUGGACCAUGGGAGCGGCUAGUAAGGUCGGUAAAAACUGCCAUGAAGGUUAUUUCAGAUAGCACGCCGCACCCCAGUGAUGAGAUGCUUGAGACGAUACUACUUGAGGCGGAGGGCGUUAUCAACUCGCGACCAUUAACCUACGUGCCUCUGGAUCAGGCAGAUAGUGAAGCCCUGACCCCUAAUCACUUUUUGUUGUACGGGUUCAACGGAGUAAACCAACCGGUAAUCGCAUUCGUAGACAAAGAGAGUGGCCUUCGAGACAUCCAUAAAGCUACGCAAAGGAUCGUUGACAAGUUCUGGG